AUGCUCAUCGCGUGGGAUCCGUCGCUUUUCUCCAUUCAAAAUUCCUUCAAUAAACCUUACACUAUAACAGCAAAGCUCCGCUCAACUACCUCCAAUCUCGACUUCACCAUCACGAACGCCUAUGGCCCUUCCGACCACACCCUCUCCAACGCUUUUCUGCAGCACCUUCAAGAACUCCCAAUGGUUAUUCAGGGACCUUGGAUCGUUCUAGGAGAUUUCAACCUCGUCAGGUGUGCUGCCGACAAGAAUAAUCGCCAGUUCAACGCCCCCCUUGCCACUGCCUUCAAUGAUACUAUCGACCAGCUGAAUCUGUCCGAGGUUGAUCUUGGCGAUCGCUUGUACACGUGGUCCAACCGCCAAGCCAACCCUAUCCUUGCUAAGCUCGACCGCGUUUUCUCCAACAACGAGCUUAAUCUUGCCUUCCCCCUUGCCACCCUCUCCUCUCUACCGCGCCCCACCUCCGAUCACACGCCCCUGCUAUUAACUCUAUCCUCCUCCUUACCUAAGCUUGGGGUCAGGCUCGGCGACGCGGUUGGGCAGCUGGCUGCGUGCAUCAAAUCGACACGAACGGCGGCCAAGGUUUGGUCUCGGUGUUUCAGGGCACCAUCCUACCUAAUCAAAAACUUCCAGUUCAUUAUCCAGCUGUUUGAUUUCCUUGAAGAAACAAGAUCGCUGUCUAGCGCUGAAUUUCAGGUCAGGGAUGAUGCGCAGGUUACACUGCACAAGGCAAUCAAGGCGCAGGCCACUUAUUGGAAGCAACGCAGCAAGCACAAAGCUAUUCGGGAGGCUGACGCUAACACCGCGUUCCACCAUGCACAGGCCACCCAACGACUUCGCAGAAACUGCAUCCGGUUGGUACGUGUUGACGGCAGAGAUAUUGUAAGCCAUGAAGGCAAGACUGCGGCCCUCACAGACUUCUUCAAGGGGAUCAUUGGAAACCCGGGGCUUUCUGUGAACAUCGAUCUCGACAGCUUGUUUGCGGAACGGCAUCAACCGUCUGCUACGUUAAUCGGUGUCUUCACUGAGGAGGAAGCCAGACAAGCCUUGUUCUCCAUGGACAACAAUAGCGCGCCAGGACCAGAUGGUUUUGGGCUUGCUUUCUUCAGAGCGACCUGGAACGAGACGAAGGGGAAAAUCAUGGAUUUCUUACAUGCUUUCCACCGUGGGGAUGCACAACUUGAGAGGAUCAACCGAUCCCAUGUGGUGCUACUGCCGAAGAAGCCGGGGGCUAUUGACGUUGAUGCAUUCAGGCCGAUCUGUCCAGGGUUUUCUUUUUCGAUUAGACACCCAAUUGAGUCCUCCUUGCCAAGUGCAGUGCUGCAGUACGCGGAUGACACUCUAAUCAUCCUGGAGGGGGAUCACAGUGGUGUCGUGGCGCUAAAGAACGUGCUUGAUCAGUUUGCAGCCUUCUCUGGACUGCACAUCAACUAUGCCAAGAGCACAAUGGUUCCUAUACACAUGAAUGAUCAGGUGAUGCUUCAGUGCGUGCAGUCUUUGGGGUGCAAGCAGGAAGGUUUCCCUCAGCGGUACUUGGGACUACCUCUAUCAGUCCACAAGUUACCGUUGUCUGCCUACACACCAUACAUCCAAAAAACAGAUCGGUACCUUGCUAGCUGGCAGGCCAGCUUCCUAAACCCGAUGGGCAGAGCAGUCAUGGUAAACUCGGUCCUUGAUUGCCAGCUUGUGUACUUCAUGAGUUCCUUGCAGCUGCCACCAGCAAUUCUCAAGGAGAUGGACAGGAAGCGCCGUGCGUUCCUCUGGUCUGGGGACACCUCGGGCAGAGCAUCAUCAGCGCAAUGCCUGGUGGCGUGGGUAAAUGUCUGCAUGCCGAAAGAUCAGGGAGGCCUUGGGAUUAAAGAUUUGGGACUGCAAAACAUCUGCCUUAUGCUGAAGCUACUGCAUAAGCUUCACUGCAGCAAUGAAUCAGCUUGGGCGAACUGGGUCAGGAGGCACGCCUGCAUCACAAGCCUCACCGGUGACAUCCACGGAGGUCACUGGGAUGCACUAAGGGUGCUGCUGCCUCUUUACCAGGCGAUCACGUCUGUCCAGCUAGGGGAUGGAUGCACCUCGUCCUUCUGGAGAGAUGUAUGGUUUCAGGAUGACGCGCUCGCGGAUGUUCACCCAGCGCUGUUCAGUCAUUGCAGUAACAAGGAAAUCACUCUUCGUCUCUGCGUACAUACCGUCGGCAGCCAUGAAAAUAAGCAGCAACGCCAUGCCCAGAUGGAGCGCAAGGAUCGUCCUCUUGCAGGCCAUGUCGACCGCUCAGAUGAAGAGAUUGCGCCUCAGCUAUUGAUAUGA